AUGGGCUUGGCGUGCGAGGCCCGGGCGCCGCGGAGGGGUGAACGCGGGACACGGGCAGGCGCCGGCCCGGAGCGCCGCGGCGGGGGCGGUGAGCGGCCCCCGCACCGGAGGAGGCCGCGGCGGGAGGUGACUGCCCGCGGGGCCGGGCGGGAGCCGGAGCCCCCGGAGCCGAGUGACGCCGGGACACAAAGGCGGAAAGGGCGGGGAGGACACGCACAGUCACCCGCGGCCGGUCACACCCGCCCGGUCACACGCACCCGCCCGGUCACCCUCCCGCUGGAACCUCCACCCCAGCGGCCCCGGCCCCGCCUGCCGCCGCCCGGGGGGUGGAACGGGCACCCCGCAGCCUCGGGGCCCCGUCCCGGCGCCCGCACUGGGGGGGCUAUGACCCGGGGGGGCCGCGGGGGCCGCACCGGCGGCGCGCCGGGGAGCCCUUACCGAGACACCGGGUGGUCCUUACCGAGACACCGGGCGGCCCGGCCGCGGUGCGCCCCGGAGCCGCCGCUCGCCCACCGGGAUGGAGAGCCCCUACCCGGGCAGGCCCCCCCCCCCCACCCCGGGAACGCCGGGUCUCGGGAGCGAGGAGCCGCUCCUCGGGACGCAGCGGGAGCCGGGCGGGCGCACCGGGGUCCCGACAGCUGGAGCGAGGAGAACCGAUCCAGCUCCCGUUCCCCGGAGGCAGGCAAAGCUCCAGGUGACCGAGGACACGGAGGGUCUCUGAGGGUGAGCAUAGCUCCCGAACAACCCAAGAGGGGCUCUGCCGUGCGUCCCCCCCCGGGAACCGCGGGGAAGCGGGGCCACCCCUCCCGCUCCGGGGAAAGCAACCGAGAGAGCGCGGUCCCGGUCCGCGGAUCCCCCCGCAGCCCGACCCGGGCCCCCUCCAGCUCGGCGCGGCUCCACUCACCGAGCACGGCCCCGCGGAUCCCGGCGCAGCGGGAGCUCAGCUGCCUCCGGCGGCAGAAAGAGGGAGAGAUACCCCAGAAACGUCCCGGGGGGAGGUGGUGGUCGGCGCUGUCACCUCCUGAGUGCUGCAGCCGGUCCGAGCGCAGCCCUGACGCGGAGCUGCCGGGGAGGUGCCCCAAGUUUUAUCCCGCACCGCCCGGGGUGGAGCCUGGCAGGGGCAGGGACCGGGCAGGGACCGGUCUGGCCCCGGCAACGGCCCCGGCAACGGCCACGGCCCCUGCCCUGGCGCCCCCAACCUGGAGAGAGGAGCGACCCCGUAAGGGGCUCCCAGGCCCGCGGUGCCCAGCUGGGGCCUCGCACGGAGCUGCCGCAGUGAGUGGGAGCGUUCCCACGGGCGCGGGGCCAGCGGCCGGGAUCAUGCGGGGCACACCCCGGCAGGAGGGUGCAGCCGAACCACUGCACCUCCACCCGCCCGGCCCAGCCCACCAGGGCACCGCCGAGGUGGGAGCGGUGCCGGGCUGGGGGUCCCGGCGCCCCCUCCCCGUCCCCCGAGCCCCGCGGGGCCGAGCGGCUCAGCCUUAG